CAGCACCACCACCAGAAGCGCCAGCAUCACCACUAUUGGGAGACCCACGCGCGAGCAUCACAUCUCGGCUGAGGCUGGUGGACUAGACCAAAGCAGCAGCUUUCAGAAGUGAUAACUAAGCUGCUCACAGAAGCGGUGACGCCCUCCACUCCCUCCCUCCUUCCCUCCCUUCAUCAGCACAUGUGGGGCUCCUCCUCCCUCGUCGCUAGAUAUUGGCACAUCAUCCUGACUGGCCAAUUAGGCUCCUUCAAGAGUGGUGAUUUAUCUUGCAGCGGCUGAAGCGCCAGGCUGAAGUGUUAAGUCGUCGCUUGCCUCCUCCUCCUCCUCCUCCGGUGACGCCAGCAGUUGUGAUCUGCUAAUCAUUCCUGCCUUAUUACUGCCAACCGCCAGUGUUCACUGGCCAACACAAACAGCUUGAGGCCUCCAGGGAUUGCACCUCAGUCUGUGACGCUCUCACUGUUGUGGUCUCGCCUCUGUGUGUAGUCUCCUUAAUAGUACUAACUCAAAAAGUGCCUCAAAUCAAAGUUUCCAUCCGUACAGCAACGUUUUCAAAGGCACUGCUGGAAGCUUAAAUUUGGUGGUACUGCUGGAAUUUGUAAUGAAACGUUAUUAAAAGAAAACUGAAAAUAAUGGUUUCGGUUGAAAGUAAAUCGAGAGGUACUGAAGGAAGCUGAGAGGUAUUCAAGAAAGCUAGUUUUGAGUGGUACUAACUAUUGUGUUAUUCAGUGGAAUUGCGUGAUAUUAAGACCAGCCGAGUCAUCAUCACUGCCGAAAACUUAGAGGUGCUAGCAAAUUGGGUAGUUCCGAAGAAAUUGUUGACAGUACAGGAAGCUGGAGUUUGAAAAACCUGCCUAAAACUGAAGCCAUUGAUUCCGCCAAUAGCUGGAUUAUGUUGUGCAAACAGUUGGAUUAAAGAGUUCCGCCAAUACCUGGAUUGAGUAGUUCAGUUAACAGCUGGAUUAAGUUAUUAAUGAACAACUGAAUUAAAUAGUUGUUAAAAACUUCAUAAAGUGUUUCUUUCUAAAGCCAGAGUAAAAGGUUCUGUGGAAUGCCGGAUUAAGUCGUUCUGUUGACAUUUAGAUAAUACCAUUUUGGUACUAGAAAGAAGACUCUGAAGGUAUCGCUGUAGUGUGUGGGAGAGCCGCAGCUUCCCCAGGGGAACCACCUUCAGCGCCAGGGUGAUACCGCAGUGAUUGCCUCUAAAUAUUACAGGUGUAAUUAGAUCCGAAUGGCCAUGAACAGGUACUGGACCCCAACAUAAAAUUCUAGAUUCCAUAAAUAGCCAAUGAGAGUGCGGCACAUCGUUCGUUUUUCGGACGAAGGGGGAAAUAUAUCCUAAUUCCGGAUUUUGUGCCAAAGGAAGGCUUGACCUGAGUAAGAAGUCAGUGUGCCAAUAGCACCAUAUUAGUGUCGUAGUAGUAUUUCCGUGUGUCCAGCUCCAGCUGUUUAAAGAUGGCGUGUAACUCCUCAUAUUAAAGCGACUGUGUCGGCGCUCAUCUGCUUGUACUCCGGUUCAAGUGGUGACUGUUGUAGUGAGGGGAGUGGGACUCGUGAGGACUGAUCACCAGGUGGGUGUGAGGUCAGGUGGAGGAGGGGGGAGGGGGGGGGGCGUGUCCCCUGUGCAGCGGCGGCUGGUGAUUGGCUGAGGGCGGGGCCUGGUAAGGCCGACCAGUGGUGGUGGCAGUGUAGCGGGAGGCUGAGAGUCGCUCGCCCGCGGUACCGCAGUAAGAUCAAUGGCUACACUCUCUCACGCUCACUAGGCCCAUCACACCACAGGCCUCUACGACUAUCACAACAACAUCCAACGAGGUUGAGAGUGCCAGGCUGUGGUGAUUUGUGUGGCUCUCCCCCCCCCCUCCUCCUCUCCCCUUCCCCCCACCCCUACACAACUCCCCCCUCACAUUGAGCUUCUCCGUUCCCCUUUAUACCCUUGUUUCGACGACCUCUGAAGCCUUACUAGUGAAUCUUUGGGCCUUAUAAAUGUUCGUGACCCCUGAGUGUUUGAACCUCGAGUGUGAUCUGACACAUGACCUGUUAGAGACAAGUGUCAGGAUUGUGGUGCCAGAGGUGUAGUGUGCGUGGGUGCCAUCAUCUGUGCCGCUCGGUAGUCGGGUCCCCUCUGACACUCCUCCGCUGUGUCACUGUGAAUCUUCCCUUCAGUCGUCAAAAAUAUAUAUCUCCUCCACAGAGAAAAUUACCUGUGGUGCUUUCGAACAGAAAGAAGUGAAAUUAAUAUAUAUAUUUAUAUACAGUAUAUAUAUACAUAUAUGUAUAUAUAAAAAUACAUAUAUGUAUAUAUAUAUAUACGUGUCUGUAUAUGUAGUGGUGCUUGAUCUUCAGUAGCGAUGUGUGAGAAGCGUAGAUUAUGCAAAGCAGUCAUGGCUUUCUGCUAAUCCUUCUACCUUUGAAUUAGUAUAUUUAAAAUCCAAACCUUAUUUUAAAAAGAGCUUUUUUUUACAAUUGGAAUUUUUAUUAGUCCUGCACAAAUGGCUUUCUCUGAUCGACAACGAGAACGCCAGUUCGCACGUUGUCUCAGAUGACGUGCUUUUUCUGGGACAAAAAAACUUUCUUCAAUUAGUGUGGAAGCCAAGACAGAGCUUGGCGUAGGGCCGUCGCCCCCAGCACCAGGUGUGGAGAGGCAGAGCCAACUGCUCACCUGCAAAAUUCGGUGAAUGAAAAUUAAUCUGGUUAGUGCGGCUUCAAUAACACCGUCAAGAUGUUGGAUAUCUUCCGUGGCCUCAAGAACUUCAUCAAGGUCUCCCACGUCCACAUUGACUCGUCGGUGUUCCGUCUCCACUACUCCAUAACGGUGAUGAUCCUCUUGGCCUUCAGCCUCAUCGUCACCACACGUCAGUACGUUGGGAACCCUAUCGAUUGUAUCCACGCCAAGGAGAUUCCGGAGGACGUGAUCAACACGUACUGUUGGAUUCACUCCACCUACACCAUCCCCUCGGCCUUCAACAAGAGACUGGGUAUUGACGUGGCCCAUCCAGGGAUAGAGAAGUCCCAGGAUGAGGAAGAGAAGCGCUACGUCAAGUACUAUCAGUGGGUCUGCUUCUGCCUCUUCUUUCAGGCAAUCUGCUUCUAUGCGCCGAGGUGGAUGUGGAAAAAUUGGGAAGGUGGCAAAAUCCAUGCCCUGAUGAUGGAUCUGGACGUGGGCAUCUGCUCUGAAGUGGAGAAGAAGCAGAAGAAGAAGUUGCUGCUGGAUUACCUCGCUGACAACCUCAAACAUCACAACUGGUGGGCUUACAGAUACUUCUUCUGUGAACUGCUGGCCUUUCUCAACGUUGUGGGUCAGAUGUUCCUCAUCGACCGGUUCCUGGGCAACACCUUUCUGACCUUCGGGUUGGACGUGAUAAAGUUCAUGGAGGACGACCAGGAGGUCCGGAUUGACCCGAUGAUCUUCGUGUUCCCGCGCAUGACCAAGUGUUCCUUCAGCAAGUUCGGCACCUCGGGGGAGCUGGAGAGAUACGACUCCCUCUGCAUCCUUCCCAUCAAUAUUGUCAACGAGAAAAUUUACAUCUUCCUGUGGUUUUGGUUUCUGUUGCUGGUGUUUCUGACGUUUUUCGUGUUAUUGUAUCGCCUCAUGAUCAUCCUUAGUCCGCGGAUGAGAGCCUACCUCUUGUGUCUGCGCUUCCGUCUUAUCAACAAAGAAGUUAUUAACACCAUAGUUAGGAAGAGCAAGAUGGGGGACUGGUUUCUGUUCUAUAUGUUGGGGCAGAAUGUGGACACGCUCAUAUUUAAAGAGGUGAUGCACGAAUUGGCAAAGAGACUUGGCCACGCAUCGAAAGACUUUGGCGAGGCAUGAGUACCGUGUACAUAGGGUGUUUACCACGACCGUCUGUGAUCCUAACACACCUAGGUUAAGAAAGUAUUCCGGUCAGCGGAGAGAGCGAGCCGCUCCUCCUGAUGUGCCGUGUCCUGCCAACACCUGACCCCGACGCCGGCCCCCGUCAGCUUCGACGCCGGCCCCGUCGUCAGCCCCGACGUCGGGCGCCCAUCGUCGGCCCCGACGCCGGCCUCCGUCGUCGGCCUACACCCAGCCCAGCCCAGCCCGGGACCUCCAUGCCCAAGCCACGCCCAUCCCCACCUCCCUGGCUGCCUUCCUUCACACGCUGCCUCAUGCUGCCGUGUGAACUCAUAGCUAACAACGCAACGCUGCCAUUUCUGCUGCCAUUCUCGCACGGUUUUGUUCACGCCAAGCAAGUGUGUUAGUGUGCUGUUGGCCCACCACAAAGGUUUGCGUUGUCAGAGUCACCCCCUUCACGAGCGGCCCGAUCACACCGCCUCACACACACGCCAGCCUACAGCAUCACGCUGUCCACACAGAAAACACACUCCUUAAAACCACAGCAUUACCACCCGAAUGCUUGACCUGCAAUUUGUUCCAGCUUUGCAAGCCACAGCCUCAAGUUGCAAAUCCAAACAAUGACGCACUCUCCGCCAUUCAGUCCCUACACAUUUAACCUCACAAAAUGUUGCUAUUGCAAGUUGCAAUCGAAGCCUGUAAACAAUUUCGUUAAACGAAUGAUGUCUGCCACGCAACUGGGACGAUACGCACACAGGUUGCUUUUGUUCAGGAACUACACACGCUCAAAAAUUAACACAUUGGCUUUAGCUUAUACAUAUAUACAUACGUUAAACACACGCAAACACGAAGGUAUAGGAGUGGUUAUAUACGGUAAAGCAUUACAUCACUUACAAUACGGUAAUGGUCGGGACGCCAACAGAAGGGUCUGGGACAUCCCCAAGAUGACAUGAGACAUCCCAAGACUGCUUGGGAUACCUCCCAAAACUGCCUGGGGGUCCUGAGACUGCAGCGGACACCCUGAGAUUGUCUAGGGACAUCCUGAGACUGCCCGAGACAUUCCUGAGACUGUAUGGGACGUCCUGGGACAUCCUGACAUCGUCUGACCUCACGCACCAAGUCCCACUCGUUCCUCGUCAAAAUCCAAAUGUUGGUGUUGAUAGCAAUAAUUGCGGGGAGUGAACUACAGUGAAAAUUAUGAUAAUGCACAGUUAAAUUAAGUAGUGAUCGCAAUAAAGUCAAAGGUGACCCGACUGAUUGCAACAAAGCCAAAAGUGAUCGGAUUGUUUGCAACAAAAAUCAGUGCUGAUUUGAAAGUUACGAGUCAAAUUUAUUGCAAUUGCUAGGGGGGGAAAGCUCUGAACCUGGUACUCUUACUAUAAACUUUAAAAACAAAAUCUGUCAUUUAUCAGUGUUUAACGGGAAAAAAUAUAUAUUAUUAGAGAAAAUAGAGAUUUCAUGUUUCGUGUGCGGUACAAAUUUUGUUAUCAGAGACCUCACAUAGCUAUACAGGGAGUAAAUACAAAACAUAAAAAGAACAGAUACUGAUUGGAGAAACGUUCACUUACACUGGAGAGAACAAGAGAGAACAAGACUGGAUAUGCAAGGCUGGCGAUGAUAAAUUGUGUACAUCUAUAGGCUCAAUCUCAACUCUUCUGCUGGUGUUGCUUACUAUAUCAAGACUACUGCGCCACGAAACACCGAGCAGUGAAUCAUGGACGAGUGACAGAAAAAAAAACAGAUAAAUCUAUCCCCCAAAAACACAUUAGAUAUGUUUUUUGUCCUUUAUAGUUAAUAUAGUCUUGAAGUGCACCCCCCUAAAGCAAGGCGAGACUUACGAGAAAGAAAACGAGAGUGCGCGGGGGAAAAAAAUAGGGGAUAAAGGGGGAAAUAACAGCCACGAGAAGAGUAUGGAGGUGUGUGGUGUGGGGGAAUAAGCGAGAGAGACGAGGCGGCAGCGGGAACGUGAGCGGCAGCCUGGGGUUCUUCUACAAAUAAACUCACCACUCCCUUCAAGGUCUUUGUCUCCCGCCUCCCACCCGUCAACACACACACACACACACACACACACACACACACACACACACACACACACACACACACACACACAAACACACACACACCAUGUGUCUCCACAACUGGUUAGAACUUGACUUUUUAUAGAGUAGGUCUGUUAAACUCCGCCUAUGGUUGGUGUCCAAUAAAGAUAAAAUAGAGAUUGACUAGACUGCCAUGGUAGUCACAUGUGUGUGUGUGUGUGUGUGUGUGUGUGUGUGUGUGUGUGUGUGUGUGUGUGUGUGUGUGUGUGUGU